GAUUCUCGCGAAACAUUGCUGUAUCAGCGCCAUUUUGGGAAGGAGACAGGCAAAAGCGGCAAAAAUUAAAAAAUAAGCGAGGAAUUUGCAAACACUUAAACAAGUUAAUGAGAUGGUCAGUGUGAUACGGUUUAUACAUACAUGUCAGCGUCUUAACUUAGUCUUACGAAACAACAAAAAAAGCGAAUGACAACUGCUUAAGGGGGCACGAGCGAGUAAGCUGUGACAGACUGAUUCUGCAAGCUAACGACGCUAGCCAAUAUCAGCUUGUGUUGAACCGCAUGAAGGAGUCACUAUCUGCAAUGUAGCUAACUAACGAAGUUUUCGGAAGAGCUUUGGCAUCAUUGAAAGGUGAACAGCCUCACGUUAUAGGAUAUCCCAAUCAUCAAGGAAGAGAGACGUGACUUGCUACUAUUGGCUCAACUUCCGAGUUGCACUGAAUGGGAUAAAUCAGCAUCUGAACAUGUGGACUGGUUUUGUGGAAUUACAGAAGAUCUAUUUAAUUUUGCAUUUUAUUUGAGACUUUGAUAUGUGUGUGGACUUACAUCCUGCACUGACCAGCUUUAGUCUCAUCUUCCAAGUUUUCCAAAUGUUUCUCAAAAAAUUAAUCAUUUUUGAAAGCUGUAGUUACUAUUAGCUAGCUAACUUUAUUUUUGGCAACAUGUGAUCACACUAACAUUGUAUCGCCUGAUUUGAACAAAUAUGAGUUAAUGGUAUCUGGGCAGUUAAAACCCCUACAAAAUCACUGAAUCCUUCCUAAGGGGAUUGUAGCAAAUCCACCCCAAAUGUCUCUUUUGUAAAGUCGGGUGAGAACUUCGUUGGAUUUCCUUCAACAUCUCUAAAGGAUUUAAGCAUUCUGGGAACUGGAAUUACGUGGCAAAAAUGGAAAGUUAGUUGGGAUUAUCAACGUCAACAUUUUGUAAUUGACCCUAUCUGCACGAUACAUGUGGGGAGCAGAUUAACUGGAUAACUGACUGAGAACAAAAACACUAGGAGAAUUUUGGGAUUACAGCACAGGAGACGCCUCUGCUCAGUCCUCCGUAGCUGAUUCCUGUUGGAACAUUCCACAGAUUAUACACACUCAUCCUAUCCUGGUUGGAGGGGCUGGAGAAAUGAUGUGUUGAUGUCUUGCCCACCUCACUGGAGACGCAAACCUAAAUGGCGCAGCAUGACUUCACUCCAGCCUGGCUUAACUUUCCCACAGCACCCUCAUCAGCCAAGCCCUCUCAGGUCUGUGACAAGUCUUUCCAGUCUCCUGCCAAAUGUCUGGACAACCACGGGGAUGUGAGUCGCAGACGCCACAACUCAUCAGACGACUCAGAGCCUGUCAACGGACGCACUGGGGGAAUCUUCUCUAGGAAGGAGGGGAACGGAUGGGGGGUCCGGAACGGCAGCGAGGGCUCGAGCUCACGCCCUCCCCUCCAGCGUGGCGGACCCUCUCCUCGCUCCAAGAGCAAAGGCCUGCCCGAGGGCCAGCAAGGCCACAGGGACGAUGGGGACAGACGCAAACAGUUUGAAGCUGAAGACUUUCCAUCACUCCAUCCUGAUGCGGACCGAGAGGUCAACCGGGACAAAGCUGUUGCCACUGGAGUAUGGGAACACCCACCCAACCCUCAAUCCAGGUGCUCGAAAAUGAUGGUGAUCAAGCGCGUCUCCAGAGAGCAGCCCACACCAGCACAGACCUGCACGUCCACUCCUCAACAACAACAAGCCCCUUCCCGCAACGGCACUGGCCCUUCCCUCUAUAAGGGCCCCAUCCCCAUAUCUGUCAAUCUUCCAGUCAAGGCGAGUCGCUCCAGCUCGUCGUCCCCAGUGGACAAGGGCAGUCAGCCGCGGCUCAUGAUGCGUCUAACACGCAUGACACGCUCAGACCGCAAGAGCACCUUCCUCAAAGCCCUCAAAAAGGACAUGGUGGACGAGGAGGACCUCUAUCACCACUGCAAGCAUGACGAUGGUUUCCAUCCGCAGAACUGCAACGUGGGCUGCGGGGACGAGAACCGCAACCGUUGCGAGCGAAGUUUCUCGCAGGAGAACGGCAACAUGACCACACUAACAAUGAGGCAGCAAGUGCUGCGCUCCUCCACCUUCCCCCAGCAGGAGGUGCUAUCCAGCUCUUUGGAGGCAGAGCACAGGUUAUUGAAAGAAAUGGGUUGGCAAGAGGAGGGUGAGAAUGACGAGACGUGUGCCCCUCUGACGGAGGAUGAGAUGAGGGAGUUCCAAGCCAUCAGUGAACAGCUGCAGAAGAAUGGUCUGAGGAGAAACAGCUUCCUGAAGAACGGCCCUCCCAUCGACUCCCUGGCCGUGUGGAAGACCAGCAACCUCCAAAUGGCCACCGACACCACGGAGGAGACGGAGGAGACCAGCAGCAGCGACACCUCGGACGACGAUGCCUAAAGCAGCCUUCAUCAAUAACCCUAUUCACUGCUACUACACCUAACCCUCUCUCACCAGAGGAAAGAGACAUUUACCCCCUAAUGCAGAGCGGGCAAUUCAGACGUCCUCCCACCAUUUCAUUUCACAGGCCCCCUUCAAGACAUGGACAGAUGUUCCCAAAUGGACUUGAGAAAGAACACUGCUUUAUGGCUUUGUAGCAAGGCCCCUAUUUGUUGGGGCCGGGGGGGUGGAGAUUUCAGUGUUGGACUAAAUGUUUGUUCCAUCACUGAAAAGAUUGAUACUAUGUACCGUAUGAUGAAUGUGGAAAAAAAGGUCCGUUCUGGAGGCUAUUGAAUAAAAUGAUUGCAAUUCA